AUGAUAAUCUUUUUGAAGCGGAUUCUUUGGGUACAAAAUUCACUUGGACUAAUAGCCAGUCGGGUACUGGUAGAAAUUAUUAGUAAACUUGAUCGUGUUGUUAUUAAUGAUGAUUGGCUUGCAAGGUUUGAGAAUUGGCGGUGUAAAGCUCUUCCUAGAGAAGUUUCCGAUUAUUCAACUCUCUUGGGUUAUCCUUUUGCUGUUCCAAGGCCUAAGAGAGCUCCUUUUCGUACUCAAAAAAUGUGGUUUUUGCACGCUGAUUUCCUUCGCAUGGUCAUUGAAAGUUGGAACAUGCCUGCUCAUGGGUCUCUUGAUUUUAUUUUUUCUUAUAAAUUGAAGAGGCUUAAAGGUGUGAUCAAAGAAUGGAAUCUUAUGGUUUUUGGUAAUAUUCAUUCUCGGUUGAAGCAAGAUCAAUUGAGGUUUGAAGCUGCUGCUCUUCGUUCGGAUGAGGAUCCUAAUGAUAUUACUAAUCUUAACCUUAUGAAAGAUGCUUUGUCUAAUCUAAGUGAAACGCGUCUUCAGCAUAACACGAUGCUUAAACAAAAAGCUAGAAAUCAAUGGCUUGUGGAGGGUUCAAGCAAUUCUACUUUAUUUCAUAAUAGCAUUCAUUUUCGAAGGAGUGCUAAUAUUAUUUCUGAAUUGGUAGACGCUGCUGGUUCUAUUAUUUCAGACUAUGACCAAAUGCGUGAUCAUGUUGUGCAAUAUUAUGAAGACAAAUUCAAUGGCCAGGAGUUGGACUAUGAUUUUAGCUUAUUUGAUUAUGAGCAUCCUAUCAUAUCGGGGGUGAAGAGUCUUGCCAUGGACAGAAUUCCUUCUCCGGAUGAAAUCAAACAAGCUAUUUUUGAUUUAGGGGCUGACAGUAAUCCAGGUCCAGAUGGUUUUUCGGGUUGUUUCUAUCGACACUGUUGGGAUAUUAUUCAAGAAGACUUGAUUAAGGCUAUUAUUUUUUGUUGGGAGACUGGUCAUAUCCCUAAUGGAAUCAAUUCAAGCCUAAUCAUUUUGCUCCCCAAGGUGAGAGGUGCAAAUACUCUUCGUAAUUUUCGGCCUAUUGGUCUUAGUAAUUUUUUCUUUAAAAUUUUUACUAAGUUUCUUGCUACUAGGAUAGGUAGUGUCUUGGAUAAUCUUGUUUCUGAGGAACAGGUAGCGUUUUUGAAAGGGCGUAAUAUCCAUGAAAAUAUUAGCUUGGCAUCUGAAAUGGUUAAUGAGCUUCACCUUAAGCGCAAAGAUGGUAAUAAUGGCCUUAAGCUUGAUAUUGCUCAGGAUUUUGAUACGGUGAGUUGGGCUUUUGUGUUGGAAGUUUUUCGUAGAUAUGGUUUCUCUGAGAAGUGGUGCUCUUGGAUUCUUAAUAUCUUGAAUUCUGCUAGAAUCUCUAUUCUUUUGAAUGGCAAUUUAAAAAGUCUACAUAACCUUGUGGAUUUAUUGGGCAAGUACCAAACAACUUCUGGUCAAACGGUUUGUAGGCAAAAGAGCAAAAUCUAUUAUGGUGGUGGUUCUUUGAGUAGGAGUACUUACCUUGCUAAUUAUUUGGGGAUGACGGUUGCCACCUUUCCUGAUAGAUAUUUGGGAGUUCAAAUUAUGCCAGGUACGGUCAGAUAUCGCCAUAUUUCUAAUGUGGUUGAAAAGAUAAAAUCUCAACUUGCUGGUUGGAAGGGUUUUUCUUUAUCUAUUCAUGAUCGUAUUGUGCUUGUUAAAUCUGUCACUGCUAGUUAUUUUAUUAACAACAUGGCUAUUUAUAAAUGGCCUCGCAAAUUUAUUUUGCAAUGUGAAAGGGCUAUAAGGAAUUUUAUUUGGACGGGUGAUUCCAAUGUCAGUCGUGCAGUGGUAGUAGCUUAUGACAAAGUUUGUUGUCCUUUUGAGGAGGGGGGCCUUGGCUUAUCUCGUAUGUCUACUAUGAAUGAUGCUCUUAUCAUGAAACUACGGUGCAUUGCUGAAAUUCUAAAUGAUUAUAAUCUGUACAGAAACGUGCAGGUGAGUGCUAUUUGGACUGAUGGACAUUGGAACAUUCCAACUGAGCAUUUGGAACGAAUGAUUGCUGCUGGUAUUGACGUCAAUCAGCUGCCUACUCCUUCUGGUGGGGAUGAUUCACGGAUUUGUAUGCCGGACUAUAUAGGUGACUUCACAGUUCAAUCUGCCAAGGAACUAAUUCGUCAGAAGUAUGCCAAGUUUGAUGGUGCUUCUCUUUUAUGGCGAAAGGAAAUUCACCCUACUCUUGCUGCUAAAAAUUGGAAAUUUAUGCGUGGUGCUUGUGCUACCUAUGAUGUGAUUCAACGCAGGUUUAAAAUUAAUCUUGCCAGUCACUGCAGCCUUUGUGGAGUUGCAGAAGAAACGCUUGAACAUGUCUUUUUUCAGUGCACUUUUGCUGGCCCUGCUUGGAACUGGAUUGCUGGUAUUUUUGGUUUAGUUCCUAAUGCUAAUCUUUUGGUUUCUUUCAAGGCAGCUAAGGGGAGGAGUAAAAUGGUUCGUGAUCUGUGGCUACUAGUUAAUCUUGUCAUCAGGUCGGAGCUAUGGGCAGUGCGCAACAGGGCUGUUUUUCAACAUCAGAAAGCCAACUGGAGUUUGUUCUUCAAUCGAGUGCUGAAAUUAAUUCAAGAUGUUUUGGCAGCUCCAGAAGUGAACGAAAUUCAGAUUUGUUGUGAUGGAGCGGCGAGGGGAAAUCCAGGCGUUGCUGGAGCUGGUGUGAUAGCAAGGGAUGAGAACUGUGCAAUCCUUGGUACAAUGUCUAUUGGCCUUGGAAUUACUACAAAUUAUUUGGCUGAACUGUAUGGUAUUAUUGUGGGUUUAGAAUGGGCUUCAAGAUGGGGAGUUAGACGCAUUUGUCAGUUCAUAUUCAUACAGUGUGGUGUAAGCUUUCAAGAAUUCAAAUCUCCCUUGGUUUUCAAGGCUUAG